AUGAGAACAGACUUAGUCAAAAUAUCUGAAAAUCCAAUUGAAUUCCAAAAUAUGAGGUCAGAAUUGGAAAAAAAUGGUGAAGUCCAAUUCGAUUCUGGAAAUUGGCUCAACGAAGAACAGCGUUCAACAUUUGUUGAGCAAGUUCCAGAGGCUACUGGAACUCCUCUACCAAUUAAUUCGGUCUCUGAAUUUAUGAAAACUGCGAGUUACAUUGAAAAGCAUUUUAAACGCCUUCCUAUCGAAUGGGAAGGAAAAUACAUGAAGCAUUAUUUACAGAAAAACCGUUUCCACCAGAAAAUGAGGAACCAAAUUACAUUCCAAGAAAUUAUCUUGCAUUCCAGUGCCAUGAAAUCUGGCAUGCAGAGAUUCAUUAUUGGAGGGAAAAAAAUCGGAGAUUACCUGUUCGCCAUAAUUGACGACAGGUCAAGAAAGAUAAUUGACUUUCAGCUUUUCAAUCAAAAAAUGGCUUCAAAUACACUUAUCGUAUUAAAACGUGCAUUAUCUACAAUUCCUGGCAAGCCGUUUGCCAUAUGGACUGAUAAUGGCACAGAAAAUAAAUCUGUGUUCCAUUCAUACCUGGUUGAACAAAAUAUAGUACAUAUUUGGAUUCAACCAGGUAAUCCUAGGGCAAACGGCAAAAUAGAGCGCUGA